UAACUUAGUAGUGGUGAGAGACACAAAUGUUCUUGAAUACAGGCUCGGGAUGUGUUCACAUUCAAACAGAGCAAUGACUGAUUCCAUUAGUCGCUCACCUCGCCAGGAUUCAAGGAGCCUAAGCGCAUACGACAAGCUGCAAGAAGGUGGCAGUCCUUCACAUCACCGUCGCAGUACAAGACCAAGCAAAUCAUCAGCUAUGAAUCAAGAAAAGACGGACAACCACGCCAGUCGAGAGGACGAGGAGGAGCUGGUUCUCUUGGACACGCCUCUGGGCUCGGUGAAAAACUUCUCAUCCCUUAUGAAGGCAACGAGAAACAAAAACCUGGCCUUGGUGCGCGCUUUGCUGUACAUGGGCGACUCUGUUGACUUCAGUAACAUAGAUGGCUGGACGGCCCUGCACAUGGCGGCGGUGUACGGAGCGGUGGACGUGGCGGUGGUGCUGCUGAACGCCGGGGCUGACAUAGAGGCAAAGUGCAAGUCAGGCAGGACCCCGCUGUUCUUGGCGUGCAGGGAGAAACAGUUCGCCUUGGCCAAGAUGUUGGUGGAGCGAGGGGCGGACACCUCGACUGCGGACAACUCAGAUUGGACUCUGCUCUUUCAGGCCGCCAGUGCUGGCUCGCUGGAGAUAGUGAAGUGGCUGUUCGAGAAGCUGGAUUGCAACACAUGCGAACGAGUGAUCAGCAAGCAGCCUGAGAAGCUGCUACGGGAGCUGGCUGGGAAAGGCUGCAAGGAAGUGGAGAAAUACUUGAAAGACUCCGGCAACAAGCGCCUUAACCCAGUAAGCUGUUUCAUUUCAGUGAUCACCAUCUCUAUGCAAACAACACACACUUCAUUUUACUUCCGCUCCUCGCCACACGUUGAUAGAUAUGCGCGAGUAAAGCAUAAAGUGCUAUAAAGACACGUUACUAGGAAAUCACCAGAUAGGAUCGUCAACCUUCAAGUACCGCUUUCGAGAAGUCUACUGAGUCACGCUGUGUGGCGAGGUUGCCACCGAAGCAAGC